AGAAACAUUUCGCAAGCGUCGAACACGUAUUCAUUUUGCAGCAAUUGCGGCCACAACACUUGUCGCAUCGGUUUUCUACCAAGCGGUCCCUCGUUUUCUUCCACCGAGCAAUAUCUCCGCUCCCUAAUUACCGCUAUUUUGCAUCUUGGCGAACAGCCGCCCCAACCUUUCCAACUAGUGCUCGGUGGAUUCUCGCAAUCUCGAUAAAAUUGACUCACUUUUGCGCCGGGCCUCAACCCACCCCAGGAAUCCGGGGAAGACGGAUCGAAUCGUCAGCAUCAGCAGCAGACGUCCUCACAGGUUCAUUCUACCAGCGAAGAGAUCCUCAAUCAGCCCUUGUUCAACAUGGCCAAGGUUGCCGCUGUCAAGGAGGCGGUGAAGGAGAGCCUUAUAGGCAGCCAGGAGCCCAUCCAGCUGUCAUCCCAGACCAAGGCCCGUUUUGUCAGUCUUGCAAGAAAGGAUGAGGAGUCAGGAGAGCUGUAUAUGGGCCCUGAAGAGUUUAUCAACGCUGUUGCGCCGCCUAAUGAAGACUACCAAAAGAUCACACGCGAGCAGUAUGCAAUCCUCUUUGGCGUUGCCGACCGAGCCGGCAAAGGCAAGGUCACCCUCCAUGACUGGGCCUACUUCCAGAACAUCCUCACAAAGCCCGACGCCGAGUACGAGAUCGCCUUCCGCCUCUUCGACGUCGACCGCCACGGAACGGUCAAGUACAGCGAUUUCCGGAAGCUCUACGAGCUGAACAAGGGCCCGGACACCAUCCCCUUUAACUGGGACUGCGAGUGGGCCAAGCUCUACAUUGGUAGCAAGCAGAGGCGCCACGACUUGGACUACCAACAGUUCUCCCAGAUGCUGCGCGGCCUGCAAGGAGAGAGGGUUAGGCAGGCCUUCCAGCUCUUCGACAAGGAUGGCGACGGAUAUAUUGAGCCGGAGGACUUCCAGCGCAUCAUCCUGGAGACGUCCAAGCACAAGCUCUCGGACCACCUCCUGGAGAACCUGCACACACUCUGCAACAUCUCCACGGGCAGCAAGGUGUCGUACGCCAAUGUCCGGGCUUUCCAGAACAUGAUCAAGGAGAUGGACUUGGUCGAGCUGAUUGUCCGGCGGGCCUGCUUAAAGAGCUCGGACGGCAAGAUCACCAGGACCGAGUUCCUGAACCAGGCCGCCAGGAUCACCCGGUUCUCGCUCUUCACCCCGAUGGAGGCCGACAUCCUUUUCCACUUUGCCAGCCUGGACGAGCCCUCCGGGAGACUCGGCCUGAGUGACUUCGCCAAGGUCCUCGAUCCCUCCUGGAGGAGUCGAUCCGGCGUUGACGGCCCCGGCCGCGCGCUGGCCCAGCCCAAGUCACAGUCCCAGCAGCUCCUGUCGGGGUUCCUCGAGUCCGGCUACAACUUCCUGCUCGGCAGCUUGGCCGGUGCCUUUGGCGCCUUCAUGGUCUACCCGGUCGACCUGGUCAAGACCCGGAUGCAGAACCAGAGAGGAGCGUCUCCCGGCCAGAGACUGUACAAGAACUCGAUCGACUGCGUCAAGAAGGUCGUCCGCAACGAGGGCUUCCUGGGCCUCUACUCGGGCGUGCUCCCGCAGCUUGUCGGUGUCGCGCCCGAAAAGGCCAUCAAGCUGACCGUCAACGAUCUUGUGAGAAGGCACUUCUCAGACAAGCAGGGCAAGAUCUGGUGGGGUCAUGAGGUCUUCGCCGGUGGCAUGGCUGGUGGCUGCCAAGUAGUCUUCACCAACCCUCUCGAGAUCGUAAAGAUCCGGCUCCAGGUCCAGGGCGAGGUCGCCAAGAGUGUCGACGGCGCACCCAAGCGCUCGGCCAUGUGGAUCGUCCGCAACCUCGGUCUCAUGGGCCUGUACAAGGGUGCCACGGCCUGCCUGCUCCGCGACGUCCCGUUCUCGGCCAUCUACUUCCCGACGUACAGCCACCUGAAGCGGGACCUCUUUGGCGAGUCCCAGACCAAGAAGCUGGGCAUCGUUCAGCUCCUGACCUCGGGCGCCAUCGCCGGCAUGCCGGCCGCGUACCUGACGACGCCCUGCGACGUGAUCAAGACCCGGCUCCAGGUCGAGGCCCGCAAGGGCGACACGGCGUACACUGGCCUCCGGCACGCGGCCAAGACCAUCUGGAGGGAGGAAGGGUUCCGGGCCUUCUUCAAGGGCGGGCCGGCACGCGUGCUGCGGUCGUCGCCGCAGUUCGGCUUCACGCUCGCGGCGUACGAGGUGCUGCAGACCACGCUGCCGUACCCGGGCGGCCAGGCGGAGCAGAAGCUCCAGAGCAGCAUGGCGGACGCGGCCAUGGCGACGCUGCGCGACAAGAGGGACGACAGCCCGUUCUCGCGGACCAGGAACGCGCUCAAGAUCGUGCUCGACCUGGACGAGGACUUUGGGAAGGUCAGGCUGCCCGACGAGAAGGGCUGGAAGACGAUUCCCAGCUGGAUGGGUGGGGGCGCCGCGUCCAAGAUUUAGGUUUUCCGGUCCAACCGGCUGCAGAACGGCUAUUAGAACGGUUAUUAGACAAGACCCUCAGGCGGACAAAAGGGGAAAGAGAAAAAAAGACCUACCUAGACAACCAAGCAAAAAAGACGGCGGGAGGAGGGAGGCACGGAUUCGAUGGCUGGGCACAUUCUGCAUACAAGGGGAUUUUACAUACACCACAAAAUGCAUCGCAUACGCAUCAUGUCGGCAAGCGGCGUUUUCGGAGAUUGAGGAGGGCAUUUUGAACUUUUUUAUUUCUUCCUUUUUUUCUCUUUUCUUUCUUUCGAAUGCGAGACAGCACCCCGGGGUAGAUCUGAUUGUUUCUUGUGUAAGAGCUAUUUGUGGGAUAUAAUUAAUUAUAUUCUCUUUUCCAAGUGUCAGUAACACGACUGAAGUGCAG